AUGACUCUAGGACAGCCGCCCAGGAACGACCUCGGGCGGCGGGCGGGGCUAGGCCCGCGGCGAGCCGGCCCGGGACUCCCGGCCUGUCCCUUUAACCCCGCCGUGAGGCGGGAGCACGUGAGCGGGGCUCCGGGUGGCACCCGGGCGCCGCCGCCGCGGAGGCAGUUGUAUUUCGAACACUGCCUCUGGCCCGCGGCCAGGCGCCUUGGCUCGGCGGUCUGCCUGGCCUCCCUCCUCCUCAUACUUUUCCUCCAGAGCAGCCCCCUCCCCUUCAUCCGCCCACGGUUAGAGGUGGGCACUCCCCCCAUCUCGCCGCCCCCUCCCCAAGCACACACACACUCAACCCGCUCGAAUCCUGGGGUAGAAACUCAGAAAACUUCCAGCCGGGGCAGCGCGCGCUUGGUGCAGGACGCAGGAGCAAUCAGCCCGUCCCCCUCCGACUCUCCGGUGCCGCUGCCGCCCGCUCCCGCCACCCGAGAAGGAACGGUGCCACCCACCGCUCCGUGCCCUGCCUGCGCCCAGUGCCCGACCGGAUCCCCGCAGAAUCUCCCCAUCCUCCCUUCGCUUUCCGACUGCCCAAGGCGCUAUUUGUUUUCUCUCUCUUUCUCUUUCUUGCUCUGCGAGCGCGGAGCGGGGGGGAAGAGGAGGAGGAAUUCUUUCCCCGCCUAA